UGGAGUUUCCUGUCCAGCAGGAAGUGUGUUUCCUGCACAGUCCUGCCUGGCUCCAGAGGGCUGAAAGGAGAUUGGGCCUGUCCUAAACAGAGACACACACACAAACACACACUCUUCCACACAGCUAUAGCCAUCAGGUUGGUCAAUAUGGACUAUGAGCCCAAGCGAGCCAAGAAGGGAUUUGUGUCUCCGAUUAAGCGUCUGGUGUUCCCUAAAUCUAGCCGGCGCCAGGUGGACAAAGGCAGCGUGUACCGUAGACCCCUUCACACGGUCCCCCUCUAUCCACCAGACUACCUCAUCCACCCAGAGAGACUCAUCUAUGACUAUGUGGAGAAGGAAGUCAAGUUCCUGGGACACCUGACAUGGGUGUCAUGUUCCCUGAACCCAUCGAGCAGAGACGAGCUGCUCCAGCUUCUGGACACAGCCAGGAAGCUGAGGGUUUUGCCUCUGAAGACCAGUGUGGAACAAGACUCUAUUCUCAGUCUGUCUGCUCGCUGUCUGCUGCUUACCUGGAGAGACAAUGAAAAACUGCUGCUGAGAAUCCCCACACAUGAAAUCGCUGCUGCCUCCUACCUGCGGGAUGAUGCACUGCACCUACUGGUGCUCAAAACUGGUCUGAAUGUGGACACUGUACUAGCCGUUAACAGUCUGGAGAACAGGCCCACUGGUUUGGAGAGCCGCAGACAAACUAUAAGCAAUACUGACCCCAGGCCUGCAGGGGGCACCAUGGAGCGCCGCCACACCAUCUGUGGUGUGGACUGGAAGCUCUCUUCCCGCCAUGAGCCCAAACAGGGCAGUGUGGGUGGAGGAGGUGGGACUGGGGGUGGAGGGGGCGGCAGUGAUGGUGGAAGCCUGGAACGGAAACGCGUAAGCGGGAGUUGGGAGCGUAGGCAGACCCGGAAGCCAUGCGGAGGUAGCUGGGAGAAACGGCCAACGAGUGGCAGCUGGGACCGGAGGCCUGUAGGGGGCAGCUGGGAGCGUCGGGGAGGUGGAGUGGUGGUAGGAGGUAGCUGGGAGAAAAGGAAUGGGCCUGGAGCUAAACCAGGUGGAAGCUGGGAACGGAAACACCCGCCAGGUGGGAGCUGGGAACGCAGGCAGGCUUGCACGGGAAGCUGGGAGAGGGGAAAGUCCUAUGGCAGCUGGGAGAGGAGGAAUCAUAAUCCUCUGGAGCCCAUGCCAUGCCCUGAUGCCUACUGCAACCUCAUCAUACUGGCUGUGGAAAACAGGGAUGCUGCAGAGGAGUAUUGUGCCCUCAUCUGUCAAAUGUUUCAGAUCAUCUAUGGACAUCAGACCAUCGAAUGUGUCGACAGGGCGGGAUAUCACUACACCAUGCCUGACCGCUAUUGGCUGCAGAGGAGUGACAGCUGCCUUACUGACAUGACAUAUGGCUAUGACACAGACUUCAGCUGCUGCAGUUCAUAUGAUGGUUCACAGGAAGCAUUUGAUCCGUAUUAUAGUGAGAACUACAGUGAGAGCUCAUCUCUCUCCUGCCAUGACUCACAUCGAAGCCUGGCCUCCACACACAGCGACUCUGAACCCUGUAAUGCCAGUCUGCAGGAGUACAUGAUCAUUUUGAGGAGUAAGCUGACGCCUCAGGAGAUUCAGCAGUUUGCUCUGUUCCUGAGAGAAUACAGACUCGGUGCUCCGAUAGAGCAGUUCUGCACUGACCUGCUGCAGCUCUACGGAGACUCACGCAAGUUCCUGCUGCUUGGCAUGAGGCCCUUCAUUCCAGAUAAGGAUGUAGGAGUGUUCGAGACGUUUCUGGAAGACAUUGGGAUCCGAGAGGGUGGGAUUUUGACGGACAGUUUUGGCCGGAUCAAGCGGAGCAUGAGCAGCACAUCGGCCACAGCAGUCCGUGGCUAUGACGGCUGGACUCUCCCUUCCGGUUCCCAGGACUUUAACCGCAGAAUUGACGACAUCACACACAACAUUGAGGCUUUGGGCUUUGAGGAGGGGAAUGGAGACAUAGAAGAGGAGGACUAUUACCUGUGAAACAUACAGAAAGGACUGAGAGAAAUUUCAAAUAGUUAAACAUUUACAGUAUAUGUGCACUUUAUUUAGUUGCUGUUCAUGAAAAAUGUCUUUGCAUCAGAUUUGCCUCUGUAAAUUUGCAUAUUAUUUGCAUGCAAGUUUGGUUAUGUUCUGCGUGAAUGAUUUACAAAAAGAGCUUCAGUGCAGUGAGGAAAUGCCACAAAAGAACAUUAAAAAUGACACAUUAUUUGGAGAAAAGGUCACUUAGACAUAAAAGAAGAAAAUGAGAAUAAUAUUAUAAUAAUGAUGAUGAAGAGUUUGUUUCCACUCAGUGUACAGCACACAGUAAUCUGCUGGAGCCGGAGGGUCAUUGACUAUGGCAUGCAGGGAGAAUAACUUGACGAUCUUUCCAGUGACACCGUCACCUUGCCACAAUCUGAUGCCCCUCCCCUCGCUGCCCUUUUAUCUAUGCCAACCACAGACGGUUGAUGGGCACAGCGCCCAGCAUUGGGGGUUAUCAGAAUGGCACAUACAUCUGUCAGGCUAAACGUUUGUUAUGUAAUGGAACCGAGCAGAUGAACAGGGCCAGACAGGGUUUAGAUUAAAGUUAAACCUCUUCUCACACCCAAAUAAUCUUAGUACUCAAACCAGCGGGGGACAACUGGGAACAUUUGUCCCAGGCCCUGUGACAAGGGUCAACUAAGAUCCUCUGUGGAAUAGCCUAGUCAUUGAGUCAGAGGAUGGCGGGCCCUUACAUUAUUAUUAUUAAAUUAUUUAGACUUUCACUGACAGCCUUGACUCAAAAAAAAAGGGCUGAUUUAGAGACUUGCACUGUUAUAAUUAUGUAAAACAAUGUAAAAUAUUGCGAUAUAUACCUAAAAUGUUUGUUGAAAAGACACAUUAAAGGGUUAGUUCAAAA